UUUAGAUAUAUAAUGGAAACAAAACUGUUAUUAAUAUCUGAAUAGUUGUUCAAAUUCAAAUUUGUUUUUCACAUGAGAAAAUGGGAUGUUGCAACUCUACAGAGAAAGAAGAAGAGAUAGACCCGCUUGCUCAAUUCCACGAGAGUACCGCUAGACAAUGUGAUAUAAAACCCAAUUAUUUUGUCCUCGAGAUUGGGUUUUAUAAAGGACAUGGACUACAGGUUGUACUGGAGCUUCUCAAUGGUGGUCCAGGGAGGGUAAUGGGUACAGAAACAUCUGAAAAACAUCUAGAAGAAGUGACCAAAAAGCUACAUGAAGAUAUUGAAACCGGAACUCUAGAACUUGACCUUUGUGCACCGGAAUCUUUAUCGUACCUUCAUAAUAUGUUUGAUUGUGUUUAUAACGUGAAUGGUUUCUAUUACUGGAAUGAUAUUAAAACAGCCGCAUGUGAGAUUUAUCGUGUCCUACGACCUGGAUGUCUGUUCCUCACGUGUAUUCAUGACUAUAAGCCAGUUCUAACAAAAAAGCAGCAGAAACGUCAAGAUGACGUACCGAAGGUAAAGAAUAAAGGAAUUUCAAUUCAAGAUUAUGCUGAUAUAUUACGUGAACAAGGAUUUGCUAAUGUUAGAAUUCUUGAACAUAGGAAUAUUCACUCUGGAUUUAAGUAUCAAACAGUACAAGCCUUUGCCAGGAAAAGGAAGUAACAGCCACAGUGAGUUUUCAUAAUAUGAAUAAAGAUCAUAUGUAUGAAAAGCAAAGUUAAUGCCAUUAUUAAACAAUAGAGACCAAAUUGACUUUGAACUUAUGUAAACCAUAUUUAUUAAAUUUGGAAUAAUCCCUUCUAGCUCUA